GGUUUGGGCCCUUUGGAGAGCACGCUGUCAAUGCCAGCUGGAUUGCAGUGCAGGAGCUGGAGAAGCUCGGGCUGCGAGACGACGUGGAUCUGCACGUCUAUGAAGUGCCCGUUGAAUACCAGACAGUGCAAAGGCUCAUUCCUGCAUUGUGGAAAAAGCACAGUCCACAACUGGUGGUUCACGUGGGUGUGUCGGGGAUGGCUACGACCGUCACCCUGGAGAAGUGUGGCCACAAUGUGGGUUACAAAGGCUUAGACAACUGCAGGUUCUGCCCGGGCUCACAGUGCUGCGUGGAGGGUGGCCCAGAGUGCAUCGACUCCAUCAUUGACAUGGACACGGUCUGCAGGAGAGUCUCGGCGCUGGGGCUGGAUGUCACAGUCACCAUAUCGAAGGAUGCUGGCAGGUACCUCUGUGACUUCACCUACUACACGUCCCUGUACCAGAGCCGUGGGAGGUCGGCGUUUGUUCACGUGCCUCCCUUGGGGAAACCCUACAGCGCAGAACAGCUGGGCAGGGCCCUCCAGGCCAUUAUAGAAGAAAUGCUUGAUGUUUUGGAGCAUUCUGAAGACAAAAUCAAUUGUCAGCAUGAACACUGAAAGCGGGCAGGAGCUCUCCUGGUAUUGCACUUCCAAAAGUUUCCCCGCUACUGAAGU